GUAGUGACAAACGAAGUGUCCAGUGUGUCCACAAAAUAUUAAAAGUUGAAACUCAUUCUACAUAUCUGUUUUGUAUUCAAUUUCAUUUCUUUUUGAAUUCUAAUUAAAAAAUAUGUCUAGAGGAAGUAGUGCUGGUUUUGAUCGACAUAUAACAAUUUUUUCACCGGAAGGACGCCUUUACCAGGUUGAAUAUGCCUUUAAAGCAAUUAACCAAGCCGGUCCAACUUCAGUAGCAGUUCGAGGAGUUGACGCUGCAGCAUGUGUGACCCAAAGAAAAAUUCCUGAUAAAUUAAUCGAUCCUGGUACCAUUACUCAUUUAUUUCAACUUACUGAGCACACAGGUUGCGUUAUGACUGGUAUGAUUGCGGACAGCAAAUCUCAAGUGCAAAGAGCUAGAUAUGAAGCUGCCCAGUUUAAAUAUAAAUACGGAUACGAGAUGCCAAUUGAUGCACUUUGUAGAAGAGUCUCAGAUAUAUCUCAGGUCUAUACCCAAAAUGCCGAAAUGAGACCACUAGGUUGUUCCAUGCUUCUCAUUGGAUAUGAUCAAGAAAUGGGCCCUUGUGUUUACAAAGCAGACCCAGCUGGUUAUUAUUGUGGAUAUAGAGCUGUUAGUGUUGGAUCCAAACAAACUGAGGCCAACAGCUAUUUAGAAAAGAAACUAAAAAAGAAACAAGAUUUACAAAAAGAUGAAGUUAUUCAACUCGCUAUAAGUUGUUUGUCAAGUGUUCUUUCAGUUGAUUUUAAGCCAACCGAAGUGGAAGUUGGUGUUGUAACUAAAGGCGAACCGAAGUUCAGAAAAUUAACUGAACAAGAAAUUGAUUUUCAUUUGACUGCUAUUGCUGAAAGGGAUUAGGUAAUCUUGUAAAUAGAUGUCAUGGAGUGGUUAAUAUUAAUUAAUAAAUUUUUUUCAAAUAUAAUGUUUAUUAAUAAGUAAAUUUGAAAAAAUACAAUACAGAAGAUGUCUAUAAAACAAUGUAAUCUUUUUCAACAAUUUAAUAAAACCAUUUUUUUGAAUUAAA